CACACCGACUCCAGCCUUACGAACCAUGCCUCCCAACCCCACCCCCGGCAAGUCGCGCACUCUCCUCCUCACGAUCGAUGCGUUUGGCACCAUCUUCCACCCCCGCGAACCCGUUCCCCAGCAAUACGCGUCCGCCGCGCACAAAUUCGGCCUCCCUCGCUCCACCGUCACCCCGAACCGCCUGCAAUCCGCCUUCAAGGCCGUCUUCAAAGCCCAAUCCAAAGCCCACCCCAACUACGGUCGCGCCCAAGCUCUGCGCGGCGAGUACGGCGGGCCGAGACAAUGGUGGGAAGAGGUGAUCCGGGGCAGCUUCGCCCGCGUUCUAGAUGCCCCUAGCUCUGCCACCGCUGCCGCCGACUCCUCGUCCCCCACCCCCACAAACAGCACAGUACCCGACGUCCUCGUCCAACACCUCCUCGACCGCUUCGCAUGCCAGGACGGCUACGCCCUCGACGCCAACGCCGACGCGUUCUUCACGCGACUCCGCCACAUCAAACGCACCAGGACGCGACUGGGCCCGUUCGAUCGCGUCGUGGUCGGCGUGGUGUCCAACUCCGAUGACCGGGUGCCGGCCGUGCUGGAGUCGCUGGGUUUGCGGGUGGGGAUGUGCCGGGCCGAUCAGGAUGUCUCGAGUACACGACUGCCGGGAUUCGAGAUGCGGGGGCGCGAUGAGUCCCGGGUCAACAAUGAAGCGGGCGACGAGCGGAUUUACGAUCUGGAUAUGGUGAUCACCAGCUACGCGGCGGGCGCGGAGAAGCCCAGCGCCGUCAUCUUCGAGGUGGCCCGGCGCCAAGCCAUGAAGCUGGUGGGCGCGAGUGAGGAUGGCAGCGAUACAAGCGAAUGGACGUGCGUGCACGUGGGCGACGACUACGACAAGGACUAUCGCGCGGCGAUCGAGGCCGGCUGGAAGGCUUUCUACAUUCCUCUCGGGGAGGACGCGAACCGGCCGUCCCAGGGAUCGAAGACGGCGUCGCUGGUGGACGUGCUCUCGGAGUUGCAGCGGUUCGAGUAGGGCGUAGUGGCUGUGCUGUAUACCCGGUAUUUAGCAGUAAUCCAAACCAGAGGCGGACGGAAGUAGAGUAUAAUUGCUCCCGUGUGAGUAGAUAGCUGCGAAUACGCACUCCGAAG